AUGGAAGAAUUGCACACGGUUGGCAAGGAAAAUUUGUUUGAAGCGGUCAACUGCUCGCCAAUUUUGUCAAGUGGUAGUCUACUUCAAGAAAACAGGACAGAAAAGUUGAUAUAUUCGCCUUUGUCUGAGCGAAAUCUCGUGUGCCAGGACAACUGUCUGCAUUCUCCGAGAGCACAUAAAACGUCUAAGGUAAGGAAUGCUAUACAUGGUUGAUGAUUUGUUUGGCUUUUGAUAUUGAAAGUUUUUGUCGAAAUUUGCUGGACUCAAAACAGCUUGUCGAUUUCAUGUUUUGAUCUCAUAUCCGGGGGAAACAGCCAAGCUAUAAUAUGGGUGCUGCGCUGGUCAAAUUUUAUGGGAGUUUGAUAAGUUACAUGGUGAGAAUUUAGCUUUCUAUGAUAAGAGUUUUGCCUUUGCCCUUUGGGAGGUUUUAGUGUCUGCUGUUUUUGAUGUUGUUAUAUUUUCUAGUUUAAUAGCUGUGGUGCUCAGUGCUGUACAAAUAUAUAAAGCACAUAUUAAUAUUUUGGCCCUGACUGGAAAGUGUCGAAAUUGUGCAACCAAGAUUUCAAAAACUGUAAUAGUAAAUAUAUAGAAAGCAUCAAAAGUGCAUGCCUGAUAUCUCGUAUCUUGGUUGUGCUAUACCAACUUUCCACACUGGAUUUUGGUUACAGGUUACUGUACUGGAUAUGUAUGCCUGACUGGAAAGUUUGAAAAUUGCGUGCCAAAUAUUUACAUGUAAUAGUAAAUAUUAUAUAGUCUAAAGCAUCAAAAUUGCACAGCCAAUAUCUCCAUUGUGCGAUAUAAACUUUCCACACUGGGAUAUAUGCAAGCACCCUUAAUAUUGGUUCAUACUCUGCCUUAAAACAGGGUAUACCUGCUGUGCAGAAAGACAAAACACUUGAGAAUGUGUCCAGGACAGUUCCCUGUACAUACCAAACUUUACAGUCUGGAUAACUUGUUUUUGAUGAUGUCUGAUGUUUUUAUUAAAUGUCUAGUAUAGAUAAGCUCCAAGUCUUAUUCUCUGAGACCUUGAUUCACACAUAUAUUUUCCAUUUGUGAUAAUGCAAUUUAAUUAUUAAUAAAAGUGACAUUAUAAAGGUUAUAUGUGCAUAGAUUAGUACAUGCUUCAUCUUUGCUUUAUUUACAAACAAUGCUUGACCUUACAACUACCUCAAGUAUCCAAAGAUACUAGAGGUUACUGCACCAAAAUACUAUCUGACAGAGAUGAGCCAAUCUCUCACUAAUGCCAGCCUUUUCAUUUACUUGAUGGCCAAUCACAAGAUGUAAUCAACUGUGUUUUAAAUGUAAUUGCCCAGGGUUGCACUAAAGUUUACACUUACUGUAUAAUCAUGUUUUUUAUCAAAUAUCUAGGAAAAGCAAUCAAUUUAGUCAUUUUAUAUUGUCAUGCUAAAGACAUUAUGUGAUUCUCAAAGGUGAUUUCUGUGCAUCAUGCAUGCAAAUAAAAGUUAUAAAACCAGUUGCACAUGUACAGAAUGAAGAAAGUGAACAAAAACAAAGAAAUGUGACAGUUUUUUAUGGUAGUGUUGAAAUCUGCACAUAGCGAAUUUUAUUUUCAUAAUUUUGAUUGUUAAGAAUCAGGCAAUCAUUGGACAAUCAUCUUAUCAUGAGUUGGCAUUAUUGAUUAAUAGGCUCAUUUCUACUGUUUGAACUGGGUUUUGUCCUUUAAUUUGCAUAUUUUAUUCUGCAAUGUUUAUCAUUAAAAACCUUUAGCACCCCGAGUAUGUCGCAAGUGGCAAAUUAACAAGACUAAAAUCUGCUGACUUGAUUUAGUUGAUGUUUUUCUAUUUUAUGCAUUUGUUAACUGAUGGCCAUGCUAAUGUAUAGAACAUGAUAGUAAGCAAUAUCGGCCAAAGCUUUUUUGUCUAGCAUUAUGUGCACUGUGCAGUCUUUUUGAAUUUUAAGUAUACAACAGAAGAAUUCUAACUGAGUCCCAAAAUGGAAUUACUGGUAGUCAGAAAAAGUUAACUUUACAAUCGUUUUGCAGUGUUCUGAUCUGUCAUUUUGAUUUUUGUGGCUUUGUAGCAAUAUAAAUAAUUCAGUGACAAUAGUAAAUAAUUCAGCUAAUAUUAAGUUGUUCGUUGACAUUCUGCAUGAGGUGUCCACUUACGUCAGUGUCAGAGGAAAUUUCUGGUUCUGGUAAUAUCAAAAUUGUCUUUGAUAGCUCUGGAUCAUCGUCACAAGUAAAUGUUUUCACUAAGCGUUCCACAUUUCCCUUCAUGAUUUCAUUCUGGGCCUUUUUCUUCUUCGCUCAUUUUUUCCAUAACAAUGUUCAAAAUAUAUGGCAAAGCUCCUGCAGUAAGUGUUGCAAUUACUGUAACAGUACGCGAAGAAUCAACUGCUUGUAGCAUUUUAACCAGUGUAAACACACCAUAUGCAAAAACAGAAAUGAGCAGAAGUUUUAGAAAAAACACAAGAAACUUCAAGUUAUAUGGUAGAAGUCUUUCUCUGAUCUUGUCGUAGAGUUUCUUUGAGACAACAUACACAGUAUAUUGAUCGUCGUUAAUCUUGUCUAGAUUGACAUCAUUAUUACUUUGUCUGUUUUGUAAUGCUUCAUAAGUUAAAAUUUUUAAAGCAAAAUAUUCUCCUGUAAGAGACUUCCAUGAAGCCCACGUAUAGAAACUUGCGACUGAAAUGAACGUAACAUAGGGGAAAUAGUAAAUGGAAUUAAGGAUUAAUCCAGAAAAUAAGGGGAUUAUUGCAUGUGGAAUUAGAACCCAUAUGAAACUGGCAGAGAACAGUGUCGCAAAUGUAGCCACAAUGAGAAGAGAGUAAUACAUUAUGGCAUAGACUCCAUAGAAAAUGCCCAUGCAGGACAAUGAAAAAUGGCCGCGGAGAUCUGGUAGACAAUGAAAAAUGGCUGAGAUCAUUACAGCAUUAUAACAAAGAUUUAUGCACAUAAUAAUGGUUGUGGAGCCAAUCAAAAUGACAAUAUAGAAAAAGAUGAUGAAGAUGCAUACAAAAUAGAAUGCAUAUUUCAUGAUGAUGUUAUUGGUCAAGUUUUGUCCCCAUCGGGAUAACUUAUUCCUGCAAAAGUCGAGAAUGGGGUUUUUCCAGACGUUUAUGUUGAAUGGCAAAGUAAGUAAAUGAACUGCCUUAUGGAACUCGUUUCCCUUGAUGCUGUUUGCAUGGAAAAGGUAUUGAUAGUAUUCUACGAGUGUACAUUUCCCAUACGAUUUUCUGGUAGGGAGUUUGAAAUAUUUACACAAACAGGUCGACAAGAUAGGCAGAAGACAAAAUAAUGGAGAAUAGAUUAUGUAGAUUCGAAAGAAGAGACCUAUAAUGCUGUUAGACGUUCUAACGAAAGAUAACAAACAAAGUACACCGAGAAAUAAUAAACAAAAUAUACGGAAAAGAGAUGAACCAAAACUCCCACCCCUCCCAAUUUUGAUGUAUAUACUUGUCAAAGAUAUUGGGCUCCCCGAAAGCUUAUAGUAUUUACCACCAUAUGGAAAUUGCUGAAGAAAUAAGACAUAAAUGUACCAGGCAUUUAAGGUCAAUAAAGAAAGAAAUAAAUAAAUUGUGAUCAAUUUCAGGUUCAUUAGAUUUGCAACCGACUGUGAACCAAUGCUCAGAUAACAUUUUUUUUUUUCAAUUUUUUUUAUGUUGCAACACCACCUUGGUUUUCUUUUGGUUGGAAACAUACUGAAACAAAUUUCUUCUUCCGGUUUUAUCAGUUUACUAUAAUGAGUCGCUAUUCCCAUUUCGACAAAAUAUUUGGUGGUUGCAUUUAUCCAAAUACAUCCUUUUGGUUGUGUCAUUACAUGAGUUUCUAUACUUCGCCGACCAGCGUUCAAAGUUGAGGUAAUGAAUAACCGAUCCAUGUCAAGUAGUAAUAAGAUUUCUCGCCCAACACUGUUCACCCAUAUUACAGACUUGGUGUAUGUGGUUUCAUUAUUUUCAUAUACGAAACGCAUGUCUAUGAUAUUUACUAGGCUAUGUUCCGUAAGGGAUAGAAACUUUGCUUUGUCUUCCUUUCUUAGCCAAGCCCUACAAGCCGUGGUUUCUUUUCGGUUCGUCUCAUUUUUAGUUCUGUUGCUGCUCUGUGGAAUCAGCAAGUAUUUUGUUUCAUUCAUGGACUUUGACUUUGCAGUUGUUCCAGACACGUGUACUACGAGGAAAAGACACGUUACUGAUGCUAACAUACAUAGUUUCACGGCAAACAUAAUUUCUUGAUUAUCCUGACUGAAGAUUAUAAGAUUUCAAACUUCCUGAUGUCCUUGUUAUUUGGCAUGCAGUAAGUGACCCAGCUAUGGUUACGUUGAAUACCUAUUAUAUAUAUUUAUACUACAUAUAUUAUAUAGGGAUUUUCCCGAACAGUUUGGUGAUUUAGGAAUUUUUCAGUAAAUAAUUAAUUACUUUCAUUGUUCCGCUAGCCUUAUUUUUGUUGACCUAAUCGACUUUCGAUUCUCUCCAUGGGGUGAUGUAACAUCACACGAAAAUUAGACUGUAACUAUCUAGAAUAUAUAUGAAACGAUAGUCCUUCAGUUCAAAAUUCUUACAUCUUUUACCAUACUUUAUAUUAGUCUGCUGUAAACUUGCAUGUAUCUAGGUUCUGAUAGGCAGAUGUAAAAUUCCAGUGCACCGAUGCAUGCACUGGAAUUCUUAGAGAAUGCCUAGACAUAGACAUAGACAAUUGUUUUGCAACGUAAUCGAUUUACCGUAUUUCAAACAAAUGCACAGUCAUGUUUUCUGGGUAAAAUAUCUCUCCCAUCCGUACACAUUGUCAGAUCUGCAUGAACGUCUACAGUUUCUAUAUUUUAAUGUUUUCCUUGUAUCAUUGUGAGGUCUCCCAUGUUCUUUUCUAUCCCACCGCUGCCACCACACAUGACACACGCAUGCAAAGAAAGCAGAAACAUGAAAUAAAAAAGGGAUUGUUCUACAACGGAAGCUAAUUUUUCCCUUUCCAUGUAAUGCUUUUUUAUUUACUGGUAAUAAUGCUAUCUGGCAGUGCGUUUAUAAUUAUACACAAAGUAAAUGAAAAAUCUUAUGCAUAUAUAUUUAUCGCUCGUCAGUUGAUCACUGCAUGCAUGUUGCCUUUUGUCGACCUGCAGUAAUCAACUCUCGAUUUUGUUCAUGGGCAAAUAGAGCACUAAACAUGAAAUCAAUAUGGUAUAUAAUAUAUAUAUAUUGUUAUUGUACAUGAAACAAUAUAUAUAGUUCUUCAAAUUCAUAAUUUUUAGAUUGGUUUACUAUAUUCUCACAUGCAUUGCGAAUAGAUUCGUGUAGUCUUCUGUACAGUAUAUCUACAUAAAUCCCAAGUACCUCCUACUGGUAGAUAUAUAUAUUUAGGGGAGUGCCAGAACAUAUAGACAAUUGUUAUGCAACGUAAUCAAUUUGUGGUAUUUUUAAUCAAAUGCACUGUUGUGUUUUCUUGCUAUAUAUAUUUAGGAUAGACAAUUGUUAUGCAACGUAAUCAAUUUAUGGUAUUUUUAAUCAACUGCACUGUUGUGUUUUCUUGUUAUAUAUAUUUAGGAUAGACAAUUGUUAUGCAACGUAAUCAAUUUCUGGUAUUUUUAAUCAACUGCACUGUUGUGUUUUCUUGCUAUAUAUAUUUAGGAUAGACAAUUGUUAUGCAACGUAAUCAAUUUAUGGUAUUUUUUAACCAAAUGCACUGUUGCAGUGUUGCGUUUUCUUGGUAAAAAUUUCUCCAAAAUUUCUCACGUACAAAACAUGUGUCCUCAUGGGUGUUGCUUCUUUGCUAUCUCACCGGCACCGCCAUGCCACCAAAGCAACUUUCACAGAUUUUAUAUUUGCAAAAAUAUACAUUCAUUAGACUUUACUGUUUAUUGCGUUCUUGCCUCAAUGGCCUGGUUUUUAUGUGAUAAUUCCUCAAGUAUUUUUAGUUUAACUAGUAAAUACAUGCACAUUCAUGUUUGAAACUUUACCCCCCAAAACAUCACUUUUUGCGACAAAUAUUCCAUCGCCGAAUGUGACAAGUAUUCCAUCCUUGACCUCCAGAUAUAUAAUUAUUAUAAUCCAGGUUUGUUUUUUUCAGUAUAUUCUCACACCCACAUGUUUGGCUUAUCUGUUCAUGAUUGAUUACUUUUUGUGGCUAUUACUGUAUUACAUAUGACAUGACUGUUGCAAAAAGAUUGAAUAAUGCACUCAAUUUUUGAAUAAUCAAAUCUAAAGUUCCCGAUUAACAAACUUCAACGUAUUUCAGGUCGGUCUGUUUCUCAGCACUCCAAUACGACAACCUCCUCCCUCAGAAAACCUCCCGGGUUCUUGGGAAGAAAUACGAAAAUUGGAUGAAGAAGAACUGUGGAUAGAACGUACACAAGUUGUGACCAAGGAAGAUCAUCUUUUAUAUUUCGAAAUUGCCAAG